GUAGACACAGACUGAGCAAUAGGCCUGGGAUCUGCGGCACGGAUGAGCAUGGCCCAGCCAGCUCCUCUAAAGAAGCGGCUUCAGUUCGCGCUGCGUCGCUCGUUGAGCAAGUUCCGCCAUGAUGGACCUCCGCCCGUGCCACCAAAGGAUGACAAGACCCCGCUGCCGAAAAAGUUCCCUUCGUAUUACUCCUUCAAGCACAGCCAGCCGGAGCGCGAUGGCAGGCAUUACCGCCAGCAGUCGCUCACCACCUACGAUGUCGCGGCCGCGGCCAAGGAGUUUCCGACCCCGCCGAAGGAAACAAAGCCGACGAUAGGCACCGAGCCGCCCUUCCUCAAGUUGCCCAGCCAGGACGACCAGCCACUGAUGCCCCGGGAGGAGCUCAUGGUGCUGAAGGCCGAGCCCGUCGGCGUCGCGAGCUCGGAACCCAGGAACAAUGAGCGGCAGAUGUACCGACAGCAGAGUAAUUGCAUCGCCAGCGUAUUCGACCUCGACAAAGAGCUUGAGCAGCAGCAGCAGCAGCUGGAGAAACAGAUGCAGGAGCUGAAUAUCGGGAAACAACAGCCACAGCAGCAAAGUACAGGCCAAGAGACUUGGGAUUCUGAUGAAGCCGUUGGGGCCGGACAAGACAUGGAUAGGACUGGCAAUCACGGUAGCCUGCCUGUGACUCCUGCCGCCACGGAUGAGGGAGUAAACAAAUAUACGUUCCCGGAGGCGACACCAUCUGACACGGUAGACAAGGCCGUCGUGACUGCUACGCGAUCCAACCGGUACUAG